AUGUCACAGCACCAGUGUUUUCUAUGUCUUCUUGUCCACGAUGCACUUUAGGAUUUCAAUAAGAUGCGUGUGUGUUUCCAGAUAAUCACUUUCCUCCUCGCCGUAAACUUUUACUGCCAGCCGCUCCGAGCUCAGGAUCCCUCCUGUUGCCACCAUGCUGCCGAGUCAUCGCGUUGCAAAGAUGCUUGUGACCAGCUCACCACUAUAAAGAGUGAGUCUCGUCUGAAGCAUCUCCUGCAAAGGUUACCCAGUUACUGUCCAGAGUCUAUGAAUGAACUGUGGAUGUGUAUCAACUCUACACUUCCAGGAGUGUCCAGGAAGUCAGACGGUUGGGUGGGGCUGGGCUGCUGUGAACUGGCUAUCUCAGCUGAGUGUCGCAGGGAAUGCAAACAGGCAUCGUCCAAAAAUGACAUAACAAAAGUAUGCAAAAAAAUCACAGAGAACUCCCUCUACAGCUGCAUCACCAAAAAUGAAAUGGGCUCCACAUGCUGUAGCUAUGCAGGGCGUCACACCACCUGUAGAGAGUACUGCCAGGCCAUCUUCAGGACCGACUCCACCCCCACCGUGUCCCAGAUCAACGCAGUCAAAGAGUACUGUCAGAGCCACAGCGCUCAGCUGCUCAGCUGCGUCAGCAACUUCACCAAAUCCUACCCCAUACGCAGCCCUAUAGACAGUCUGUACUGCUGUGACCGGGCAGAGGCUACUCACUGCCAGGUGUCUUGCCGGCGAAUCCUUCGCACCAUGAGCACAGAGCACGAGAUCAUGGACGGUUUGAUCAAUGAGUGUGGCUCCCAGCCUCUUCCUCAGGAACCCAUGUGGCAGUGUUUUCUAGGCAGCGCUCACCCACCUUCCCCAACUGAAGAGGAGACCCCCCAUCCAGCCAAAAUGGACUGUGCCAAGCUGCACUGCUGCUCCAAGGCUAACACCUCACUCUGCAGGGACAUGUGUCAGGAGAUCAGCACUAACUGGGGCAGCCAGACGUGGCAGGACUUUGACCAGCUGUGUGAGUACAACCCAGUGGAGACGGAGCUCAUCAACUGCCUGGCUGAUGUCAGAGAGCCCUGCCAGCUGGGCUGUAAGGACCUCACCUACUGCACCAACUUCAACAACAGGCCGACAGAGCUGUUCCGCAGCUGUAACGUCCAGUCAGACCAGGGAGCCAUGAACGACAUUAAGCUGUGGUCCAACGGCACGAUCAAGAUGCCAUUUAUGAACAUCCCUGUGCUGGACAUCAGGAAGUGUCUGCCAGACAUGUGGAAGGCCGUGGCAUGCUCUCUUCAGAUCAAACCCUGCCACAGCAAAUCCAGAGGGAGCGUCAUAUGCAAGUCAGAUUGUGUGGACAUCCUGACCCAGUGUGGGGACAGGAAACGCUUCCACGAGGGACAAACGCCAGAGCGGAUCUGUGAGCUGCUGUCACCCAUCGAUGACCCUGAACGCUGCAUCCCCCUGCACAGAUACCUCACUCCCAGUUCCCUCGGCAACAACAUCGUUGAAGAGGUUAUUCAUCCGUGCAACCCUAACCCCUGCCCUAGCAACCACUUAUGCCAGGUCAACAGGAAGGGUUGCCUCGAUGAACUCAACUGCCAACCAUAUCUGUGUGUGCCAGGCUGUAAACUGGGCGAAGCCUCAGAGUUUUUGGUGCAGCAGGAUGCUCGUAUCCAGGUGCCAACUCGCUUGGGUCCAGCCGGGUGCUAUGAGGUGUGCAGCUGUGGACCCAGUGGGCGUCUGGAAAACUGUGCAGAGAUGCCCUGUGUGGACACCAACAAGCACUGCGUUGUAGGAGGACAGAGGAAGAGCCACGGGACAUCUUUCAGGAUCGACUGCCACACCUGUUCCUGCUUCGCUGGUGACACUAUCUGCUCCACCAGAGAAUGUCUCAGCUUUGACAGCUCCGAUAAGGACCGCCGACACUUUACUGGUCUUCCAUGUAACUGUCCGGACCGUUUCGUCCCAGUGUGUGCCUCUAACGGGCGGACCUACCCCAGUGGCUGCGUGGCUCGUUGUAUGGGAUUCAAGGACCACCAGUUUGUCUUUGGCCAGUGCCGCCUAAGUAACCCCUGCGCAUACAAACCCUGCCAGAGGAACCAGAGAUGCAUCCCAAAGUACAGUGUUUGUCUGAGUGACUCAUCGGACUGCCUGCAGUACGAGUGUGUUGGCCGGCAGUUAUCCUGCGAUAAGAACAGCGUGGAGCCGGCCUGUGAUACUGACGGCAUGGUCCAUCCCAGUCUGUGCCAGCUGCGGCAGGCUGGGAAAACCCUGGCCUACAUGGGUCACUGCCAGGAUACCUGUGGGAAGCCACAGCAAGUGUGUGGCCACAACGGUGAGACCUACAGCACUGUGUGUGACGCCUUCUCUGACCGCGUGGCUGUGGACUACAAGGGCCCCUGUCAGGCUGUAGGGGCCGUGUCUGACGUGGCCCCUGACUCUGCAUGCAGUCUGAUCCCCUGUCCACGUCUGUCCACUCCUGGCUGCCAGCCGGUCACCCCACCCGGAGCCUGCUGUCCAAUAUGUGCAAGCAUGCUGCAGAUCCUCUGGAACAAAGAGCAGAUGAACACUUUCUCCAAGCUGAAUAAGAACCAGCCGGUGACGGUCCAUGGCGUCCUGCAGAUCCUACGCCUUCACGUGUCCGUGCCGCAGUGCGACGUCUUCGGCUACCUGAGCAUCGACCACGAGCUGGUGGUCCUCAUCGCCCCAGUGGACCAGCAGCCCACCCCACUGCAGAUCGAAGCCUGCAGUAAGGAGGCCGAGAAGAUUGAUUCCCUCAUCAACUAUGCCAGCCCCACACUGGUCUCCCACGUCCCCCUCUCUGCCUUCCUCACCUCUGAGAUCAAGACUUCCUCCAUUCGCUCGUCAGGGGGGGCUCCGCCUUCACCGCUGCCCCUCGGCCUGUGCUUCCUCCUGGGCCUUGUUGUAGCUGCGGCUCCUGGCCUCCAGCAGCUCUGAACGCUUUAUCAUCACCUCCAUGCCUCUUCCUCACUAACUAAGUGUUCCAAAGUA